GUCCAGAGUGGCGGAGAUCGAUAUCUAAUUGAUGUUCGAAGCAUUGCGCGCUGCGUCGGCGGGUAGCUUUGGCUAGUACUGAAGCUUCUGUGAAGUUAUUUUAGGAAGAGGUGGAAUUUGCAGAAGGAGCGAGCGGGCUUGGCUUGAUUCAGGGAUGGAUUUGGAUAAGAUGAUUUCGUCACUGAAUGGAUUCAGAGCGGAUGUGAAUUCGCGCUUAUCUCAAUACGAGCCGCUAGCGCUUGUUUUGCUUCCGAUUUUGACGCUUUUCGUCGCGCGAAUAGUUCGAUCAAUUUUUUAUGUAGUUUCGGAGAAAGGAGUAAAAUCCGCUGCCGUGGAGUUGAUCAUGGCCUUUGUCAAGUCGGUGCCUGGCGUGAAGAAGUACAUCGAUUCUGAGAAGCAAAAGGUUGUUGAUAAGUUACAAGGUUCUACUAAAUCCAAAAGAGAUGGUUGGCUGACGGAGCUGCCGAGUACAGGCCUCAAAGUUGAGGUCAUCAGUAAAUUGAAAGAGCAGAAGCAAAAAGAUGUGGCUUGGGAGGGCAAAUGUUCCGGCACAGUUUACAUUGCAGGAAACGAACAAGAAGGGCACUUCUCUAUUAUCAACGAGGCUUGCUCAAUGUUUGCACAUACCAAUCCUCUGCAUCUAGAUGUAUUUCCGAGUGUAGUAAAAUUUGAAGCAGAAGUUGUGGCAAUGACAGCCAAGCUGCUCGGAAGUAAAGAAAAGGUUAGUGGAGGACAAGUAUGUGGUAACAUGACAUCAGGAGGGACAGAAAGUAUAUUGUUGGCCGUGAAAACCUCACGAGACUAUAUGAAAGCUAAGAAGGGGAUAACAAAUCCAGAAAUGAUCAUACCGGUUUCAGCUCAUUCAGCUUACGACAAAGCUGCACAGUAUUUUAAAAUCAAACUGUGGCGUGUUCCUGUGGACCAAGAUUUUCGAGCAGAUGUUAAAGCAAUCAAAAAGCGUAUUAACAAGAACACCAUAUUGAUUAUUGGAUCAGCCCCUGGCUAUCCCCAUGGAAUUAUUGACCCAAUUGAGGAGCUUGGUGAGUUAGCUUCUGCUCAUGGCAUUUGCUUGCACGUGGACCUUUGCCUGGGUGGCUUUGUAUUGCCUUUCGCUCGAAAGCUUGGGUAUCCUGUUCCGCCAUUUGAUUUUUCCGUUCAGGGAGUAACAUCUAUAUCUGUGGAUGUACACAAAUAUGGGUUAGCUCCUAAGGGAACAAGUGUAGUCCUGUAUAGAGAUCAUGACAUACGGAAGCAUCAAUUUGUUGCUGUCACUGAAUGGACUGGCGGGCUCUAUAUAUCCCCUACGAUUGCUGGAAGCAGGCCUGGAGGUCUUAUUGCUGGGGCUUGGGCGGCAAUGAUGUCUUUGGGGCUUGAAGGUUACCUGAAGAAUACGAGGGAGAUUAUGGAAGCUUCAAAGAAAAUAGAGAACGGUGUUCGUCAAAUUCCGGAAUUGUUUGUCAUUGGAAGGCCUGAUAUGACAAUUGUGGCAUUUGGAUCUGAUAUUUUGGACAUAUUUGAAGUAAAUGACGCAAUGUCGUCAAAAGGCUGGCAUUUGAAUGCACUGCAGAGGCCUAACAGCAUUCAUAUAUGUGUGACACUUCAGCAUGUUAAUGUAACGGAAGAAUUCCUCCAUGACCUGAGAUCUUCAGUGCAAACGGUGAAAGCGAAUCCAGGGCCCGUCAAAGGAGGGCUUGCACCUAUAUACGGCGCAGCUGGAAGAAUGCCGGAUAGAGCUAUGGUUCAAGAUUUGCUGGUUGAUUACAUGGACACCACAUGCUAGGGAAGAAUCUUUUUACCUAUCUUUUAGCUGUCAAAGAUCAUGUUUUAUUAAUUCUUGCGAGUAGCAAAAGAAUAUAUGCAUCAUGCUCACCAAUUCUUAUAGAAUUUAAUUUAUUUAUGGAUGGUUAAUGGCAGAAAGCAUGGUUGGAGUGAAUGGUUCUGAAUAAUUCAAUUUGUUACAGUAUUUGAAAAUAUAAAUGUAAAAUCUUGUUGUAUUCUGUCUGUUGUACACAGAGGAUUAUUAUGUUUUGUUCUGUGUGCUUGUGCAAUGUGUUAAAUCCAGCCUUUAAUUAUUUA